GCAUUCUGCCAACUUCUUCGGAACGGUGUACACUUUAUGUGACGUCAGAAAUAACUUCAAUGACGUAAAAGAACGCGUGUUUUGACAACGGGUAUUUUAAACUGAGUUUAGCAGUUCGCAGAACAACCGGCAACAUGUCUACUGUCAGACGGAUGUCAAAGAAUGCCAACGCCCAUGCGGUGGACGGUUCCGACUCCGAGGAGGAAGACCCCCCGCAGCGUUUCCUGUUGGGGAAACUGAAGGACAACCUGAACGUGAGACGUCAUCACCGAGCUGCGCACAGCGGGCUCAAACGGAGGAUGGGCUUCUGGAAGAUGGGCCAGUGCCGCUACACCUCUAGCGGAAGUGAACGGUACUACAGCGGCACCCACUGGGAUGUGGACGUGGAGAACACAGAAGGCUUGACCCGCAAAGAGUCCAGCACGGCUGUGGAUAAGCAGAUGGACAAAGAGAAAGAGAGGCGGAUGAAGGAAGAAGAAGCGGUUCGCCUGCUCGCCGAUUGGGUCCUGGCACCACUCCGGAAGGAGAUCGUCGGUGUGCUGUCAGAGAGUCAGGCGGAGAUGGAGCGCGAACAGGAUGAACAGAAGCAGCACGCCUGUCAGGUCCUUUCAGACGCACAGGCCGAGCUGGUGCACAAGAUCAGAGGCCAGGAAGUUGAGGAUGAGUGUGAGGAUGAGAGACACCGGCGGGAGUACAUCAUGGACGCACUGAUGGGGAAGGAUCAGAAGUUGGCCCGGACAGACAGUUUCACGGACCUACUGAAGGCUCUGUCCGAGACAGACAGCAAGAUGGGGGACGUUCAGAACCAGCUCAUGGGGGCGUUCUUCCGCAUGGAGGAUGAUGACGAACAAGAGAAAGAAGAAUUGAACGACCUCUUCAAAGGGAUGAAGGCUGACUUUACAUCUGAGCUCCUGCACGCCUCCGGAGGUAUCCGCUCACAGAUCCACACGGAGAGCGAGCGCAAAGACAUUCUGUUUGAGUCGCACGCCCUGUACAACAAGGAGGCGGCCGAGUCGGAGCUCAUCGAGUCCCGUGGGAAGGUGUUCGACAGCAUGGAGGGGGUGGCGGAGGAGAUGAUGCGCCUCUACGCAGGGGUUCAGAUGGACCUUGGUCAGAAGCAGGAGAAAGAAGAGUUGCAGGCACGCACAGCUCAUUCUUCCACCCUGGAGGAACUCUCCAAAAGGAGCCUGAAGCGGGAGGUUCACCGUGCGAUGGCCAAGGAGCGGGCGCGGCGGAUCCGUGAAGCGACAGAACAGGCCAAGCGCGGCCCCGACCCGGGGAGGAACAUGCUGAUGGAGCUGGUGGCAAGAGUACAGGAGGAGAUGCUCAUCAAGAAGUUUCACGGGAGGAAGGUGGCGUUCCGUGAACCCGAGCAGAGCCCGUACAGCGAGGAAGAGAGCGAACAGGACCGAAUGCUGCGCAAUCAACGGCUCAGCGCCCGCCGAAAGUCAUGCGCAAUGGCAAGACCUUGAAUGAUACGUAGAUUUGAAACAGGCAUGGAGAGUGAUUUACAGUGAACAAGAGACAAUAAACUGUAAAAAUCAAGAAACAA